GCGUUGUGCUAGUGUCUAGUGGUUCACCAUCAAUCGAGGUCUUGCUUGGUGGCCUUCCCCAAAUUCCGUUUCCACUGAAUGGGGUACUUUCGGGACGCUAAAUAAUCAAGAACGAAAGAAACCCGUAAGCAACGCGCACAGUAAUUAACGAAACGAACCCAUUUUCCGUCUGGUGCUUUUCAAGGCCACGACCCCAUGAAGAGUUGCUUCCGACUGUGUGGAAAGACGGGACGCCUUUUCUCGUGCAGCCACACAUGCACUAAUUUUGAAUGUCACAAUUAUUGCUCCCAAAAAAACGCACGCAAAUCUAGACCACAAUUCGCAGCGCGUAUAAAACUGUCGCUCAUCUGUCACCGAACGUCUAUUUACCAUUCAAUUCCCGGCGCACCGAGACCUGUCGUGUGAUCUCGACGAGAUGUCGCGGAGUAUCUACUGCUGGGUAGGGUUAGUGAUCGGAUGCCUUCUCCGUGUUGCCGAGGCGCGCGUGCUACUUGAUUCAGAGUCACCCGUGUCCAUCUCGAACGAUACCCGCUCUCCUACGCUGCAGCGCCACCUGCUGGAUCGAGCCCGCAGUUGCUUCGACAGUGGCCAGCUGGUGGAAUGUUUUCGUGGUGAAGUGUUCCGUGUGCUUGAUCGUGCUAUCGAAUCGAACGUGACGUUCCGUGUGACACCAUUCGUUAUUGUGCGUCGCAACCCGGACUGGCCGAGCAGUGCGCGUCUCCCCGCGGACCUCGCCCGGCUUUCCGGCUGGUCGGGACUGUUCCGGAAGCUGCACGAGCUGCUCCUCUCGCGACUAUUUCAGCUCAGCCUGGUGGACGCGAAUGGACGCGCGCUGCUAGACGCCUCGGACGAGGGCCGGGGCAAGAAGCACAAGCACAAGCAGGGCAACAUGUUCUCGAUGGCGCUGAUGGCACUGAUGGCGAUGAUCGCGCAGGUCAUCAUUGGCAAGGUCGCUGUCCUGGCGGCGGUCGCACUGAUCAUGGCGAAAAUAGCGCUCGUCUUCUCCACCUUGAACGGGCUGAAGAAAGCGAACGGAUCGGGUGGUGGCCACGCGGCCGAACACGUCGUCUACGAGCACUCGAGCCAUGGGGGCGGUGGGGGUGGUGGUGGUGGCUGGCAGCGCAGCAUCGAGCCGAGGAAACCGUAUCCCCGCUACCAGUACUACGAGGAGGACGAUCUGCCCUACUGGAAGCGACGCCCCGAGCACGACUACCAGGAUCCGUACGAUGGCGCCUAAACGUAUGCAAUGCAUUGCGCACCCUGUAAAUAGCUCCACUUACCCGGGUAGGGAAAUAGCGUAGCAAGAGGCCUCGUUAUCUCGAAAUUGAUAGCUGUAAGCUUCGUUCACCGGUGGGGUACCUCUGAUUGUGGGGCCGGCAAUAUGGGCAAUAAAAUCAAACGCUGCGGCCUGCAUCUUAAUAGACCACUUAGCUCCUUAAGGAACUAGCGCGUUCGCACAUUAAGACAACCUAGCUAAUAGUUGAAUGAUUACGCGGAGAAGGUGUGGGAAACCUGGUCAUUGAACCGAACAGACAAGGGGAGGGAGCGGAAGGGGAAGAUCGGGGAAAAGGGCUACCGUAAGACAAUUAUACCAUCGUUAUUCCCUGCAGCACCGACCCAGACCACCGAGGGUAACAACAAUUCGCAAGGAAAAAGUAUUUAAGCACGUGUGUUAAAAAAAUGGGAAAUAGUGCUCUUUAGUGCGAGGGAGAGGCGGGAUGAUUAGAUUGCCUGCCGUAAUCGAUUUCACUUUCAGGGCACGAUUCACUCGCUAAUCCGCUAUUGGUAGCUUUGUUACGAAAUCGUCACCCAGAGCUGGUGGUCGGAAAUCCGGUCCCGGGGACCGUCGAAUCUCUCCAGACAGUCGAAAGGGAACUUUUCGCUUAAUUCCAUCUUAAGCUUAGCUUUUACACCCUUACCAUCUCUAAGCUGCCUUACAUAUUCUUUGGCUACGAAAGAAAACCUCCUUGAUGUUUCUCUUUUUUUUCCUUUCCCGUCCCAUGUUCUCCUCUCCGGAUGUGCUCGUAAGGCUGAAUCGUGGGUCAGAUCGUGAGCUGACAUUCGAAACACUCGCUUUACAAUGCCGUCGGAUUCCUCUUGGAGGCUUGGCGCGGAUUUUCCAAUAUGUGAAGUGAAACUGGGAUCGAAUACUUUCAGUUUUUCGUUACUCACGAUCGUUGCUGGAGGAAAUGAAAAUGAGAUAUCAAUUACGAACGAUAAAUUCUAACGAUAAUGUAGUGCGUUGCUUAUUGUCCGUUCGGUGCCUCAAUGCGUUAGA